CGGACGGCGCCCAAAAUGGUCGGCGUCGUGUCUCGUCGCACCUGGCGCGCCGGGACCUCGUCACAGCGGCUCAUCGAUCAUAAUCCUGCGCUGCUCCGAAGACGGGACGCGGAUUUACCGGCGCACUUCCUCGCAUGCCACGCACGGCGUGACACAAAGACGGGACGCGUGACUCGACCCCGGAUUUUCGACUCGGGAUCGCGAGGAAGGAGGUGGCGCGCGAGCGAAGGGAAAAUCCGCGAGAAACGUCAAACGCGGGCACCGGAGGACGCGACGCUCCCGAUCCGCCUCGCACUUUUCAAAUUCGCGUAGAGCACCUCGCACGCCGAUUCGAGUGUUGCUGACGCGUGCGCGUGCGCACGAGGAGCGACGCGAAGCUAGUCGCACGCGUGACUGCCAACUUGGGAGUGAGAAACGACCACCUGCCAUCUGUCGGCGCGCCGCGGAGCUAAACGCGCGUCACGUGAUCAGCUGAUCGCGGUGCAACGUGUUCCUCUAUUUAUUAUCCGCAAUAUUUGUGUAAAUAUAUAUAAAAAAAAAAUAAAAAUUGCAGAAGCAUUCUCGUUUCUGUCAUCUAAGUGACAUUUGUAUUCUCUGCCAUCUAAUUUUUAUUAUCACUAAAAUAAAAGGAGACAUAUUUUGAGGUUAUAAGACUGAAUUGUUUGGAAAUAUUUUGGAGUGACAAGUAUACUGAUGCAACCAAGGUUAUGGGGAGGGCAUGUUGCAUCUUGGGAUGCCCUUCGGGCGGAGACGCCCCGUCUCAUCAGAUACCUAAGAAUCCAAUUCUCUUUCAAAAAUGGAAGAACAUGAUCUACUCUGAAAAGAUUCAACAUCUGACCGAUGAGCAGAUAAGCAAAUGUGCUGUGUGCUAUCGGCACUUUGCAGAUGAGGAUUACCUAGUGACGUUCAGAGUCAGAAAAUUGAAGCGCGGCAUCGCACCUUCUUUAAAUCUGCCGAACAAAUCUACCACUAAUAAUUUCAGGUCUAAUACUGUUAAGAUAGAAGUGGAAACUGAAAUGGAAACACUCGAUGGGGAUAACUCGACAAGCAUGUUUAUUGAAAAUCUGAAAAUUGAAAGGCAAGCUGAAACAGAAGUACCGGAAAUUGCAUUGUUUGAAGAUAUUCCAGAAGAGGUUGAAUCCUACUUCCCCAAACAACUGCAACAAAUUUCAUCGGAUCAGCAUAAUGUAAAACAAACCAAUUCAACAGCAGAAGCAUUUAAAUUAUGUCGCAGAAAAAGAGCAUUGAGGAGAAAACAAAGGAAACUAAUGCCCGAAAAUUUAGUAUUGUUACGACUUAAAAAACAAGCCGAACAAUAUGAAAAAACACCUACAAUACAAAAACUAUUAUCGUUUUUAACACCUGCUGAAGUAGCAUCUAUUAAAGCCAAGAUACGCACAUCAAGAUACUCGCCAAGAGUUUAUGUUAGAUUAUAUUAUGACAUUGCUAAGAAGCAGGCUCUUGAUCAAUUGUAAAAUUUGUUAAUUUGAGAUAAAUUUAUAAAAUGAAUUAUAAAUUGAUUCAUAAAUUGAAAGGAUAUGAGAGAAAUUAAGAUGUGCAACCUAUUAUCUCAAUAUUUUUGCACAUAUAAUGAGAAAUGAAGACAUGUUAUAAAUUACAAGUAUGACUGACAAUUAUAACAAACAAAAUAUCGCAUUUACAGAAGUUCAUAGGUCGAUUGAAAAAAUCAAUUCCACAUAAUAACAUAACGAGUACCAUCUAUUAUAAUUGAAGAAUAAUAAACAUUCUGGACGAUUUUGCUACGUAACAAAGUCGCAAAUCCUAUUAAACAUUCUUCUCUAAACAGACGGAAAAGGUACGAGCGAAAACGAUGCUAGGUAAUCGUUCGAGGGUUGUAUCGACACAACGAUGGUUUUACUGUAUUUUUAAAAACGAAUACAUGAAAUAUACAUUUAUAAUUAUA